GCGAGAUACCGUCGUUACAUAUACGGACGGGGGGAGGCAAUGCAGAAGCGGCGAUUGUAUGGAGGUAUGUCGAUGAAUCUGAGCAUUGACGCCUUUCAUAACACCUCGUUGCAUAUUGGCGAUGUGGUGUCGUUGUAUACCGAAGAUCGUAAUCGACUUAUCGAUGACAAACCGGAUGACCGCCUCCUCGUCAAAACUGGAUUCCUUUCCACUCUUGGCCUUGUCGAUGACAGAUGUAUUGUUGAGAUAGGAGAUGGUGGUCCUGACUCGCCGCCUAAAAAGUUUCGUGAUGAUGUUAUCCGGCAUACACGAAACGCAAACGAUAUUGUAGAUUGUUUGUUUCGAAUCUGCCCGAUAAAUCGUUAUGCUGCACAGAAGCAAUAUUGGACUGAACAGAAGAAAUUUCAAGCCGGUGAGUCGUUAUUUGAAGAAGAUAUGCUGAAAAAAUUGAAGAAUGCUGCCGAUAAAGAGAAAGAGCAGAACGAAAUGGAAUAUCGCAAAAUGCUCGGUGUUACCGUACAAUAUGGUGGCACUGUUCAGUUGUUACACGUCAAGUCAGACAAAUAUUUGACUGUGAUGAAGAAUUCUCCGGCAAAACUGGAGCGUAAUGCGAUGAAGGUGUACUUGGACAAGACAGGAAAUGAGGGCUCGUGGUUCUAUGUGGAACCUGUUUAUAAACACUCUUUUCUCGGCGACAAUGUGAAUGCAGGUGAUCGAAUAAGUUUGGUUCCAUAUUCCUAUGGUUCAACGUCUGUGUCAACAGGGCACAUAAAGCCACAAAUACAUCUUUCACAAAUGAGGCUUUCGGAUCAUCCGAGCGCAUGUGAAGUGAACUGCCUUAAUGAACUGACCGAAUGGCAAGUGUUCAUGUUCUUACAGUUCGACGAAAAUCAGCCAGAUAUCGUGAAAUCGGGUGAUGUAGUGCGAUUAUUCCAUGCUGAUCAGCAAACCUUUCUAACAAUGGAUACAAUUCCGAAGAAGAGCAUUGAUGUUGCAUUCUUGCGCAUGACAAAUCGACCGUCCGCUGCUGACGCGACAUCAUCUCGUGCUCUUUGGGAAGUACAGGCAAGAAAAUCAUCUGUGGUGCAUGCAGAAGCGUAUCGAGGUAGUGCGGCCUCAUGGAUGGAACGAUUCCGUUUCAAGCAUCUAGCCACCGAUAUGUUUCUCAGCGUUGAGAAGCUUAGCAAUAAUUCGAUGAGAACACCCGAAUACCUUUCUGUGCAGCAAAAUCUUUGUUCACCAGAAAUUAUUUGGCGUCAAAAAAUACCGAAUGAAAAUUUCAAAAAAUUGAGUUAUUGUAAAUUUUUCGGUGUUUUUUUUGCAGUGGAACGUGAUGAUGGAAGUUGCAACGUUGACGAUCAAUAUUACCUGGUACCAAAGCAUGUUGAGCAACCAGAAAACGACGAGUCGAUUGUCUUUAUGCUCGAUCCGUGUGCGCUCACAAAGAUGGAGGCACGUGUUCCACAACGCACUUUUGUGCGUCUUUUUCACGUUCUUACGAAAACAUGGAUUCAUACAAUGGAUCCAACUGAAAAGCAUAAUUUAUAUCAUUUCAGCAAAAACGAAAAAGGUUGGGUGAAGGUGGUGAGUGAAGAUUUCAAAAUCGAUAAGGAAACGUUCGCAUUGCUACCAGUUUCUCCGGACGAAGUUCGAGAUCUAGAUUUUGCCAACGAUGCUUGCAGAGCACUUCAGAAUUUUAUUGCUCUUAUCAGGACUGGAAAAAUAAUCAGCAAAGAACCAUUAAAUGUCACAAUUCAGUUGCUCAUCGAAUGUAUCUAUUUUGUCACAAAUGAAACGAAUCACAUGAUUGAUCCAUUAAGGAUCAUCGACUUCAAGCCGUCUCGUGAUCGACAAAAACUGCUUCGUGAGCAAGGUGUCCUUGAUCAGAUAUUCGAUCUCCUACGAGCACCUUUUCUUCCUCGACAAGGAGUCACUGAGAUAGGUCCACUGUUGAACUCCCCUCAAGAACUUGCUGAGCAACGCAACGAAGUAUUUAAACGAAUGUUCCAGCUUUGUUAUUCGUUAUUGAGGUAUUCACAAGCUGGUUAUCGAAAAAAUCAAGAACAUUUAGCGGAGAAAUUUGGUCAAAUCCAAGAGCAGAUAGGUUUCGAUUUAUUGGCUGAAGAUACGAUGACUGCUGUUUUACAUAAUAAUCCGAAAUUACUGGAAAAAUACGUCAAAAAUCCACACGUCGAACGUUUCGUCGAAUUGGUGCGUAAUAAUAGAGCUGGCAAAUUUCUCGAUUAUUUGGCUGAUUUGUGCGUGUGUAGAGGAGAAGCAAAUAAAAAGAUUCAAGAACUCAUUUGUAAUUGUGUAUUAAGUGAAACGAACAGAGACAUUUUCAUGCAGACAGAAAUAGCCGAUUGUGGGGGAACUAAGGAAGUUUAUAUUUGCUGGCCUGAUCGAUAUUGUAAAGCUUUAGUAAAUGUGGCCGAAAGCGCAACGACUGGUAAUACUGAGGACUCCGAAAUGCUUGAUUACUAUAGACACCAGUUGGAUUUGUUGGCGCAAAUGUGUCAAGAACAACAGUAUCUUGCUAUUGAUCCGCCACCUGAAAGGCGUCUACUGAACUUGAGCACUGAAUUACCUGCUGAUUUAGUUCUGCGAAGCAUGUCCGACAACAGAUUACCGCAAGAGUUACGCGCAUCAUUCACUCGUUUGAUGUUGCAUUUGCAUGUUGUACGUGGUUCACCUCUUUCUGCUGUGCAGCAUGCACGCCUUUGGAGGGAUAUUGCUGAGCACGUUUCCGUCAACAGCAAUUCGAACCGCUCUGUGGUAGGCUAUGUGGAUGGUGGCAGAGUCAGAACUGGUGGAGAAGUUUUCAAGAAAAUUUUAACCACUGUUGAUGAAUAUUUGGCCGAGUUGAGAAGUUCAACAAGAAGAGGUGAACCAGUGCUCAGCGCUAGUGCAGCAAAGCUGGAACAAAAUCGUCUAACUUUUGAAAUAGUUACACUGGCUAGAGCUCUUGCACAGUUUGGUUUCUACAGUUUCGCAGAAUUACUGAAGCUGGCACGAAACCUGUUGGCUAUAACAGACAGUAGUCCAAAAGAAGCAGCAGUGAAGAAGUUAUGCAAUAAAACAACAAACGCAAUAUUUCGACAAGUCACAUAUUCCGUGAUGAGCGUUGGCAUCAUGCACAAUGCCAGUUUAGCAAGUGCACAUUCAUUGGGCAGCGAUACAUUAGAUGCUGAAGAGAAUGCUCGCGCUAAGGAAAGCAAAGAAAUGAUUCUACAAACCAAACUCAUCGUCGUUGAGAUAUUACAAUUUAUAAUGGAUGUUCGAAGGGAUUAUCGUAUUACUGUGGCAUUAUCUUGGUUUAAAAGACACUUUCCUUGCGAUGAAUGGGGCGAACUCACUUCGAAUUUCAGUAUGUCACAUCUAAUCGUACAUCUAGGUGAAUUGAGUGAAGCACAUGCAUCAGAAUUGUAUGAAGAAGUGUUUCAAAAGACAGAAGACAGUCUAGAUUUUGAUGGUGAAGGUGGUCAGCAAUUGCUUCGCAUCUUAUUACAAAUGACGAUGAGUGAUUACUCGAAAUUGACCAGUACCGCACUUAAAGUUCUAUUUCGUCAUUUCACACAAUAUCAAGAGUUGGUCGAGGAUCUGAAACAGGUUCAAUUGUUGGUUUCUAACGAUGAUGUGGAGAACUAUCGGCAGGUCGAUCGUGAUUUAUUCAUUUUGAAAAUCCUAACUGAGAAAAGUGAGUUGUGGGUACAUGCAGAUAAACGUGCUUCUGGUAGUAGCACUAAUCAAAGUUUGGAAGAUAUGCGUCUCAGUUUGAGUACUGAUGAACUGCAGAGACCCAGCACCGUGCAACAACUACAAAACAGCGGAUUAAACGCACCUCGUGCAUUUCAUCACGACGAAUGCUUUCGUUCACUUGUCGAAAAACUUGAUCAGCAUUAUUCACCAACUCGUGAUGACUGCAUUAGAUUACUUCACGAGCUCUUACUUGGCGAAGAUCGUGCUAAUGCGGCAGCCGCUCUUUACGAACUAUCGGACAGAGCUCCACUCGUUGGUUAUCCGUUGAUAAGACAGAUUCUGUUUCGCUUAAAGCAGCUUUGCUUCAAAGAUGGCCGUCCGGAUGUGAUGAAUCAGCAAUUGCUACGAAAUAUGCGCGUACAUGAAUUCGUGCUUGAAUUUCUCUCAGUUCCUUACGACAAAAAAAACGACAUGGAAAUGCCAAAACUGCUCACCUUGAGUCACGAAUUUCUGCGAAGUUUUUGUCGCAAUAAUAAAGAAAAUCAAAGCCGUUUGCAAAAGCACAUCACAAUUGACACAGAUGCGAAGGAGGGAUGUUUACGAGUAGAUACGGUGGAGGAAGUGGCAACAUUGGUGGCAAUAUUCAAGAACAAUCGUGAUUUAUCGCAAAACGUUUCUGAGGAGUUGAUCGCGCACGUGGUUAGACUUAUUGAGCACAAGGCGAGAAAUGCGACAUUCCUCGAAUUCUUGCAGUGUGUCGUGUGCGUUUACGAGAAAGAGAUCGAAUCAUCACAAGAAAAAGUAGCUCAGGAAAUUUGUUCGGCAUCCGAUGAAGUGCGUAUCUUCUAUUCGGAUAGCGCCAGUUUUGAACAGCUUGUUGGUAUGAUGCAAAACACUCCACCAGAAGAACUGAAUGCUGAUCAUCCUCUCAGAUACCACAUCGAACUUGUACGACUUCUUGCGAUGUGUACGCGUGGAAAGAAUGGCACUACAGAACUAAAGUGUGCAUCACAACUUCCAAUGGAUCAUAUUGUUCGUGUAGUUACCUCACCUCAUUGCCUUAUUCAGGUGAAGGACGUUUACCUACAGUUCAUGUUACAUUGCUAUAUUGACACAGAUGCGGAAAUGAAGGAUGUAUACAAUGUUGACUACAUUGAGCAGAUAUUAAGCAACAUGCUUGCUGACAUCCAAAAGCUACGAGCAGAAGGCCACUUACUGCUACCAGGUUCAGCACUUGAGAGAUAUGUAUGCCAUACGGUAACUGAAGUUCUUGUCAAGUUCUUUGAGAAGCCAUUCACUGACCAACCGCUCGUUGAAAUAUCGCAAUAUCGUGGCUCGUUUAUGAAGGUUAUUCAGAACCUAAGCUACUUGCAAAGUGAGUGGUCACGACGAAGAAGUUCAACGAAGAACUGGUAUCGUAUUGCUGAAUGUGUUAAACGGCUCACAAAAUGUGGUGAGUUGUGCUAUUUGAUGUCAUCAAAUCUGGAUGUUGGUAAUGACGACGACGUUUUAGACCAGUUACUCUCACGUUCGGCCCGUAAGAAUGGUUUAAGAAAUUUAGCUGAAGAGCAUGGACUGAUGUUGCCCGCUAAUUUGACAGCACCUCCGUUGAGUGGAGCGACUACUCCGAAACAACGUUGGCAAACAGCUGCACAUUCGGCGCGUUUCAUCAAGCGGAAUCAAGCAACUCUCCGCAUAAAAAGUCAACUCUCAAUGCCGCAUUUCAGCAAAACGAUUGAUACACAUACGAAUGUUGUGACCUGCUAUCAGGGAGUUGUUGCUGAAUUUCGAAUUUUCGCUCUUCCUUUGCAAGGUGCUGAAGCGUCAGUACUUGUCGAUGUUCUGCAUACACCCGAACGACUUUUCCCGGUUGGCUCAGAAUUGCAUGAAAAAUGCGAAAAUGGAGGCGUUGUAGCUAAGUUGAUUCAACAUUGUAAACAUCUCCUUCAACAUGGCCAAGAGAAUCUAUGUGUUCGUGUUUUGCAAACAUUGUGUCGUAUGGCGACCAGUGCAAAGCACAACUUCAACCAGCAGGGUCGACGCGUAAGACGACAGUUGCUGAAGAGAUAUUUUGGAAGCGAAGUUUUUGAUGGAAUCGGUUCGAAAAAUAAGGAUGAAAAUGACGAUACAGUAUCGACUAUUAAUAGCUAUCAUAACGAGAGUGAGUUAAGACCACUUCGGGAAACAUCACUACACGAUGUGCAGUGCAAGCUAAAUAGCGCUGGUGCAAGCGAUCUCGUUGUUGAUCUCAUCGUUCAAGAUCCAUCUCAUGAUGUUUUCCUAAUGUCGAUACAACUUGCAAAAGCACUUUUGCAUGGAGGCAAUCACGAGGUGCAAACAUCAUUCUAUAAUCGAUUAAGAAAGCGCAACGUCUCUGAACCAUUUUUCAAAGCGCUCAAAACAAAAUUACAAGUAGCACAGAAUCGCCUCAAAAGUGAUAUGAUGGCAUGCAGUGAUCUCAGACAAAAACCAGCGUCGGUGAUGAACACUCCGUUGCCAGAUGAACAAUCCAAUUUUGUAAACGAUGAAUUGAUCAAAAAAAUAUCUGUGGGCGAGCUCGCUGUUCCAGUUCCUCUUCAGCCAGACAAUCUUAUUGUGGGGAGUAGCAUUCCUGAUAUAAGUCCUUAUCAAGAUGAUGAGAGACCAAAGGCCUUAUUGCCUCCUGAAGUGGCGAUAAUUGAACCUAUAUUGAGAUUUUUGCAGUUGCUAUGUGAAAAUCACAACGCUUUACUGCAGAACUUUCUUCGAUCUCAAGGUAGUCGUCAAAAUUACAAUCUUGUUGACGAAACACUAAUGUUUCUGGACGUGGUCUGCGGAAGCACUAAAGGCAAAUCUGAUGCUUCCUUUGCAGGUAGUCUUGGUGUAUUUGGUGAAAUAGGAGAACAUAACUUCUCGCUUAUCACUCAAACAUUAGUCACUCUAACUGAAUUUUGUCAAGGACCUUGUCAUGAAAAUCAGAGCGAUGCGUCCAAAUUGCUUCUCGCCGUUAUGGAAUCACGGCAUGAUGCAGAUAAUGCGGAAAGAGUAUUGGAAAAUAUGAGUCAUAUGACCAGUGGACCAGCUCAAUUGAUACAUGCCAUCAAAAUGGCCUACGAAAUGGCGACAUCUCAAAGUUUAGCUGUUAACAAAUUCAAAAAGCAACUGACGGAAGCGAAUAUGAGCACCACUAAAGAUAACAAAAAAGGAAAAUUGGUCAAACCUCCAGAAAUAUCAUUACCAGAAGCAAAUGCCGAAUUAUAUACCCAAAAGGAAUCGUCAUCCGCAAUUGUCGAUCCACAAGAGGUUGGACAUAAUAUUUUCAUCCUGGCAACACAACUGUCGCGACAUAAUGACGAAUUGAAGCUUAUGCUUGAUCCUGAAAACUGUGAAGAUGAUAUGACACACACUGUACUCACGUAUUACAAGCGACACACUGCACAAAUUGAGAUCGUCAGAGUAGAUCGCAAAAUGGAACGCGUUAUUUUCCCGAUACACCCGAUUUGUGAACACUUAACUCCUGAAACGAAGCAAAACAUCUUUACUGAAACCGAACGAGAUGCACAAGGCUCGAAGGUGACCGAAUUCUUCGAGCAGUGGCCAAAGUUAUUUGAAGAAAUGAAGUGGCAAAAGAAAUUACAAGACCGAAAGUACCUAAGUAACUGUACUAAACGUUUGAUUCUGUGGGCGAGAUUGUCAUUUUUCUUUGCUGUUCUUGCGAAUGGAAUUAUCGCUUUAUUCUAUCCAUUUUCGGAUGAUAACAAUACUGAAUUCUUUUCUCCAAACAAUCCACUCAUUUAUGCGUUAACACUUGCCUCAAUGCUGUUCAUUCGCACUCAGUGGAGUGACAAGGCAUCGUUGGGGCGAACACACGAAGCGUAUUGGGGUAUUGCAAGUGUUAUGUUCAGUUUUACGAUAUUUUUCAUAGCGGUUUUUGGUGUCGUUCCCACACUCUUCAUUGUCGGCAUUCUUCAGUUGAUCAAUAAAGUGAUCCACUUGAUCAGCUACAUUGGUAAUCGAGGUCUCAUCGAUAAGACCUGGUCGGAAAGGAUUGAAGAUAAGGAUGUGUGGUAUCACCUAGUUUAUUUAAGUGUAUGCUUUAUUGGCUUCGUUGCUCAUCCACUCGCAUAUUCCUUGUUGCUAUUUGAUAUUGUUGCAAGCGAAGAGACGUUAAGGAAUGUGAUACGUUCGGUUACUCGUAAUUGGCAGUCAAUUAUAAUGACCGGACUUUUGGCAUUAAUUCUUGUUUAUAUGUUUUCGAUUGUUGGGUAUCUCUUUUUCCAACGAGAUUUCCAAUUGGAAGUGGACAGUAUCGAAGACGAACCAAAUAAUCCAUCAGACGCAAUGUUAUGUGAUGGUCCAAAUAAUACAUAUUUUGGUGAGAACAAUACUGUUAACACAGAAGGAACUUGCAGUGCUGGACUGAAACAAGCUGAACGAGAGAACGAUAAUGACGAUGAUAGCAAAAUACGGUCGUGCGAAACGUUACGAAUGUGCAUAAUAACAACAUUGAAUUGGGGACUGCGAAAUGGAGGUGGAAUUGGCGAUGUUCUGCGCAACGUUGCACCUGAUGAAGAAUCAUUCUUCGCUCGAAUUUUCUACGAUAUGGCCUUCUUCAUCGUCCUAAUUGUUAUUGUACUGAACUUAGUAUUCGGUGUUAUUAUCGACACAUUUGGUGAUUUGAGAGCAGAAAGAAAUGAAAAAGAUGAUAUUCUAAAGAAUACAUGUUUCAUUUGUGGUUUGGAACGAGGAAGGUUUGAUAAUAAAAGCGUUACAUUUGAAGAGCAUCGUUCGUCAGAGCAUAAUUUAUACCAUUAUCUUUAUUUUAUUGUUUGGUUGCAAGUAAAAGAUGAAACUGAAUUCACUGGACCUGAGAGUUAUGUGAGUCAAUGCAUUAAGGAGCACAAUAAUGAUUGGUUCCCGCGAAUGCAAGCAAUGUCAUUGGCUGAAGAUGAUCAAGAGGCUGAACAGCCAGAACAAAUUUCUGAUAUCCGUGAAAUGGUCAACACAUUGCUUACAAUAGUCAGGAGUCACGAUCGACAGUUCGAAGAGCUGCGACAGGUGAUCUAUGAACAAAACGCUCUUCAAGCACGAAAUCCAGCCCCAACAAUCAGGACUCGAUUGUAUUAA